AUGCCUAAUCGACGAAGAUUUAUUGAUAAAAAAAAAGCAAUCACAUUUCAACUUGUUCAUCGUAGUCAACAUGAUCCGUUAAUCGCAGACGAUACUGUUGGUGAACGUGUUCUUGUUCCCGUUGGUGUUGAACAAAGAAAAGCUGAACAACUUAAAUAUGGAAUUGAGUAUGAUGAUGAUUAUGAUUAUUUACAACAUUUGCGAGAUCCAUGUGCGCCACCAGAAGAAUUUUCUGUUCAUGUUAAUGAAAUAGAAAAACAAGACGACAACGACGAAGAAGAGGAAGAAUAUGACGAUGAUGAUGAUGAAAAGAUCGAUGAAAAACCACAAGACAAAGAAGAAAAAACAGUAACCCGUUUCAAUCUUCCAUCAACUGUUUUUGAAAGUAAAACAACAAAUGAAAUUGGAAUGUUAAAUCUUGCGGCCCCAGAUUCAGAUCCAAAAAUAAAUUGGGAUCCCGAUGUUAUCGCUGCUCUUGAUGAUGAUGAAUUUGAUUAUAAUGGUGAUGAUAAUAUGCUUGAUGAUGAUUUCAUGCUGAAAGCUAACGGUAUUCAACCACUUGCAGAUGAUGAAUGUGAUGAAUUCGAAGAUGAAAUAGCAAAUGAAUGUUUACCAACACAUAUCCCACCACUCUUUAUUCCGAAAACAAAUAAACCGAUUCCACUUGCUUUACGACGUUUUCUUGAUCAAGCUGAUGACGAUGGUGAUGAUGAUCAAUCAACUGUAUCUAAUCAAGAUAAUGAUAGGCAAACAUCAAAAACAAAAUAUACCAAUUAUUCAAUGACAUCAUCGGUUAUUAGACGAAAUCAAGGAUUACAAAAUGUUGACGAACAUUUUGAUAAAAUUUUUGACGAAUACGAUGAUGAUAAUAUUGGCGCUUUAGAUUCUCAUCAUAUUAAUCAACAAGGUGCUUCUAUUAACGAUGAUCUUAUUCAACAAACUAUUCAACAAUUUGAGCAACAACAAAUGCAAACUGAUGAACAAAUUGAGCGAGCAGCAAUUGAAAAAACAAAAAGAUUAGCUAAACGAUUAUGGAAUGAACCUGAAAAAAUCACAACAAUUGAUGUGGAUGAUGAUGAAAACGAUGAUGAAAAAUGGGAUUGUGAAACAAUUCUAACAACAUAUUCGAAUAAAUAUAAUCAUCCGAAAUUAAUAAAACAAAUUCCAACAAAUCAAAUUCGUUUGUCAAAAAAAACAGGUUUACCAUUAACAGAUAAUAAUAAAAUAAAAGCAAAAGGAGAAAUUAUCGAAGAAGCACUCGAUGAUGAUGAUGAUGAUGAUGAUGAUGAUGAUAAACAAUCAAAUAAUUACCAAUCAAUCAUAUUCGAAAGAAAAAAAGGGGAAACAAGUGAAGAACGACGUGCAAGGAAAAAUGCUAUUAAAGAAAUCAGAAGAGAUCGUCGCAUCAUCAAAAAGGCAACUAAAAUAGCUUUCAAACAAGAAGAACAGAAACAAUUACACGAGCAAGCUUUACAUACAACACAGGCACAUUUACAAAGUCUUCGUGUUACUUAA